UGCAACUACAAUACCCACAAUUCCGUCCGCGCGUCGACAGCAACAGCUAGGAUGUUGCGAUAUCGCGGGCAGCCAGAUUGCUGUGGUUGCAGAGAUUAGGCUGCUGGGUUGAAACCUCUGCCUAAUGUUUUGGUAGAUGUCAAAUUAUAUGGUUUCUCAUUUCAAGUCGCAACAGACGGAGGCUUGAGUUUCCUGUCGACUCUGCGCUUUAUAUGUGUUGAUAAACGGCUGCAUCGCGCUACUGCGCUAGCUUACUAAAAAUCACAGCUUUUAAUGUAAAAGGAAGCAAUUAAAUAGCUGGACAGGCAGCUAUGUGCCGUCUAACGGUUGCUGCACUUGACUGAGGAUGGAAAGAUUUUUUCGGGGAACGCUAUCACACGAGUUAGACGUCGGAUACAUCGCACCCGAAGACAUUAUCUUCAGAGGAUAACCUGGAUAACCUUACACGAAAUGUCAUAGCGCGUAAGUAGCUAGCACUGAGCUAGCUUGGUAAUGGCUAUACGAGAUGGAGAAGGACCUUGUGUUAUCAUCAGCAGCAGCCGACCGUGAACAGCUGGAUGGAUAGCUAAAGAAAUACUUUCUCCGGAGAUGCUUUAGCCUCCUGGGUGGUGUUAACGCACUUACAUAACGGCUAGUCGCAACCGCUCUAGCUAUCACCAACUGGCCUGUGUUGGCAAGCAAAUGGGACAUUUACCACCCAAAAAAAAUCUGUGUUGUCUCAACAUCAUAAGUGGCGAAAAAAGGCAUCACUGCAUGUUUUAAAAGGCUGCAAAUAGACUUGCUUGAAGCGUCGACUUCUCCAGGUUUACAAUCUGACCUGCGUUAUAUAUCAGUGCAAUAAUCCACUGCACAGGAAUCACUUUAUCAGCGCGUGCGUGCGUGCGUGUGUGUGUGUGUGUGUGUGUGUGGGUGUGUGUGUGUGUGUGUGUGUGAUCGAAGCCGCAAAAUACUCCUAGUCAAUUCGCCAACAUGAGGAAGUUCUUCGAUUCUCGCCGGGAGUUGGUGAACUCCGGGCCCGGUUCUGGAGGAGGAGGUGGCAGCUCUGGGUCCAGUCAUGCGGGCGGAAAUUUCAUCGGCAGAGCCUUCACUGUCGGGCGGCACCAAGUCACUGUUGAGGAGAUCAUUGCUGAAGGUGGCUUCGCAAUCGUGUUCCUCGUGCGAACAAAUCAAGGGGUGCGUUGCGCCCUGAAGAGGAUGUAUGUCAACAACGAGCAUGAUCUGCAGGUGUGCAAAUGCGAGAUUCAAAUAAUGAAAGACCUCGUCGGUCACAAGAACAUCGUCGGUUACCUGGACUCCAGUAUUACGGCUAUGGGAUCGAGGGAUGUAUGGGAGGUCCUCAUACUCAUGGACUACUGCAAGGGGGGCCAGGUGGUCAAUCUGAUGAAUCAGAGGCUGCAGACCGGCUUUACUGAGGCGGAGGUGCUGCAGAUCUUCUGCGACACCUGCGAUGCCGUUUCUCGCCUGCACCAGCGCAAGACUCCCAUCAUCCACAGAGACCUUAAGGUGGAGAACAUCCUCCUGCACGACAAGGGUCAUUAUGUGCUGUGUGACUUUGGCAGCGCCACCAACAAGUUCCAGAGCCCGCAGACUGAAGGAGUGGCCGUCGUGGAGGAAGAGAUCAAGAAGUACACCACUUUAUCAUAUCGUGCUCCUGAGAUGGUGAACCUCUACAAUAAUAAAAUCAUCACCACAAAAGCCGAUGUCUGGGCGCUGGGCUGUUUGCUCUACAAAGUGUGCUUCUUCACUCUGCCCUUUGGUGAAAGCCAGGUGGCCAUCUGUGAUGGCAGCUUCACCAUUCCAGACAACUCGCGCUACUCUUAUGAUCUUCACUGCCUCAUUCGGUACAUGCUGGAGCCUGACCCAGACAAAAGGCCAGAUAUCUACCAGGUGUCAUUCUUUGCUUUUAAACUAGCUCAGCGGACCUGUCCUGUCCAGAAUGUGAAGAAUUCUCCAAUUCCUUCUAAACUUCCUGAGCCAAUCAAAGCGAGUGAGGCUGCAGCAGCAAAGAAGAACCAGACUAAACCCAGACUGACUGAUCCAAUUCCCACCACUGAAACCUCCAUCACCCCUCGCCAGAGGCCCAAAGCAGCCCAUACCCAGCCCGCGGCUGGCAUCCUACCCAUCCAGCCGGCUGCUCUCACCCCUCGCAAGCGGGCUAAUCUCCCAGGUGGUGCAGCUCAGCCUGUGGGAGUCAGCUUAAACUUCUCUCAGCCAGCUGCAGCUCUGCAGUCACAGAAGGCACAGACUUCCGUUCUGCCACUCGUCCAGUCACAAAACAAUGCAAGUCCGGCUGUGGCUCCACAGAAGCAGCCAGCCGCAGCUACAGCAGCAGAGACUACAGCAGCAGCAGCAGUCGUGUCACCAGUGACCAAGGCUGACGUCCAACAGCAAGCACCGCCAACAGUCCAGCAGCAGACCACACCCCCCUCUGUGGUCAGCGCCACCUCCCAGCAGGCAGCUCAGACUCCAUCGAGCCCGGCUCCACCUCAACGCCCGGCUCGGCGCAAGCAGGCUCAGCAGCCAGCGGCUCAGCCUUCACCCGGCAAAGCGGCCUCCGGUCAGACGCCCGUAUCUCAGCAGCAGCAGCAGCAGAUGACUCAGCCAUCAGCGGCCCAGGCUCAGCCCGCCUCCACUGAGAUCAGCCAAAAAGCUGCUGAGACGACUCCACCUGCUUCUCCAAAGACUACCGAAGAGCGAGGCCACCAACGCACACCGAGUGACGCCUCAGCGAGCAGCGUUGCCGGAGUUCCAGCGAGCGACUCCUCACUGCAGCCUCAAGGAGCUGACGGAGAUGCUGCCCUCAACCAGUCACUUGCAUCUCAACCAAGCACCGCCCAGCUCGUUGAGCUCGGUGUUGGUGACGCAGAUCAGGACCAAAACAAAGAUGGCUCCACUGUUCUUGCGUCCGGCGAUGCCGCCAACACGCCAACACAAUCCACGUGGAACCCUUUCGACGAUGACAACUUUUCCAGCCUCACUGUAGAGGAAUUCAAAACGGAGGACAAAAAGCCUACUGACCUACCUUCAGAAAUGGAGCCAUCAUCCUCAGAGGAGUUGAUACCAGGCCUGCAGGCCUCAUCUGUGGAUAAUACACCUCAAGAUACUGUUGAAAGACCUUCAACCAUUCUUGAUGUGGAGUCAGGAGCCUCUCUGUUGGUCGUCCCGGAUCCUUUUGGUCUCCUCGACCUGUCAGAUGCACCAGAGAAGCUGAUUGAAGGACUCAAAUCCCCAGACACAUCUUCGCUCAUGCUUCCCGACCUCUUGUCAUUGUCUGAUCCCUUCGGGGGCUCCGUGGAAGAUUCUGCAAAAGACCCUCUCGCCACAGACGACUCUCUCCUGGGCUCUCUGCUCUCUGGUCCGUCCGCCCCUCCAGCAGCGAGCAGUGCCGCCUCCUCCGUCUCUUCUGCUCCCACCUCCGCCGCCUCUGCUUUGGAUGAUUUCAGCCUGUUGUCUGGAGACUGUGCACAGCCUGUAGCAGACUCGUGUCUCCUGAUCUCAGACUUUGAGCCCCAGCAGCCCACAGCAGAGGGAGGCACAGAGGACGAGUUUGAUCCGAUUCCCGUCACAGGCCGCAAGAACUCCCAAGACCUGCAGAGGGAGCUCAACAGUCACGCACUGCCAGCUGCUCAGGCUGUGGCCUCUGUGCAGCUCACUGAGGAGCAUCAACGGCCGAGGACUGCUGCAUGUGUCUAUGAUAAACACAUGUUGCCAUCAGAUGAGAGCGGCAUACAGCACCAUACAAUACCAGCUUCUUCCACUAGCCUGCCGUUCAUACCCGUCAACCACGUAUCCCAGUUCCAGGUCAGCCCAGUCACCUCUGAUGUCUUCCAGCUGGCCCCGUUUAAAACGCCAGGAACAGAAAGCAAGAUGGCGCUCGGCAGCUCCUCCUCUUCUACAUCUCAAAAACCUGCUGACGCCUCUGAUGUGUUCCUCCAGGCGCCGUUUGGAAAGAGGCAGGAAACCACCAAAGCUGAUCCCGCUAACGCUCACAUAUUUAAGUCUGGUACGCCGCAGGUUCAAGCCAGCAGACAGUGUCACCUGGUCCCAGGACCCUCUCCUCCUGGUCCUCAGUGUCUCGGUAUCCGGGCCCCUCCUCUGCGCACGGAGACGCCUCUGCUCCAGCAGCCGGUGGCGGUGCACCGGGUCGUCUCCAGGAUCGGUCAGCAGGCCGCCGUGGGGUCGGUAGCGGUGGGGCCUCUGCAUUCCUGGACCAUCGGGGGAAGACCUCUGAACGACCCGUUCACUGGUGCACCUUUCCAGCCAAGAUGCUCUCAGGGGAAACCUUGAUUAUAUAAUCAUCUCUGAACAUGUGCCAGAGUAGAGUUCAGUCGCAGUAUUACCCAAACGUCUAAUGUAGUGUAACUCGUGUCAUUAUUACAGUAUUAAAACGAGUAAAUUAUCAUUUUACCGAUUAAUGUUCUUGUUUAAGAUUAAUGUUCUACCUCAGUCAUGUGAUUUUCUUUCAGUCUGAGCACAACAGUGCAUCAUUCAGCACCUCAACAUUGUGAACUUGGACUGAGCAGUUUCUCAGAUGGCGUUGAUGGAUUGGUCCUGGACUGGAUUUUAAACUGAAUUUAGGAUAUCAGAAAGGGUUUGGUCAAGCCGUCAUUUUGACCAGCUAAAUAACAAUAAUGUGUAAAAGCAUUUAGUGUGUUUUACUUUACUGUUUGCUGUAAUAUUUAACCGCCUCUGUUGAAGUCUUUGUAUUUCAAACAGUGUUUGCAAAUUUUAAACUUUUCUAGUUGUUUACCCUUUUGUUUACACUCGGUUUAUGGAUUGUUUAAUACCAGUUGUAUUGUUUUUCCAAAAUGGCUGCAGGCUUUUUGAAUAUUCAGCCAAAGAAAUCAUUGGAAAUGAAAUGUAAUGGUGUGAAACAUAUUCAUGCAGUUAUUACUUUCAUAUUAACGAGUGAAAGCACUGUAAUCUCUCGACGAGUUACGCAAAAUCCAAACUGGCUGGUCACCAGAGAGCUGUACUGGAAACAGUACGAUGUUAAUGGUACUUUAUGGUUCUCUUGAAGUGAUUUCUUACCUGCUAAUGUAGUUUGUCUUUGGUUUUGGUAUUUUAAAUGAAACAUCACGCCUGUGCUUCAAAUCUGCUGAUGUGCAGCAUAAGGUGACGGGGUCAGAAGGGAAUAUCAAGAAAAUACCAACAUCACCUCCACCGAGCAAACUUUGUAGUAAGUUUCUCUCAAAGUGAUACGAUUUCAAAUAAUGCUUCUAGUUUUGCUUCACACUUUGUCACAGAUGAGGUCUUUUUGUAAACCAUGCUGCCUUGCUAAGUAUUUGUGUCUUCCUAUAUUAUCUGGCUAUUAAUACCGGACCAUAGAAAGUGUCAUCAGUGGAAACUAAACUGAUUUUAUUAAAAGAUUGUAAACAUUA